GACAUUUGCAAUGAGUAACUUAAAAGAGACACUUCCGACAACAUAUUAUAAUUUGGGAGGAAUCAAAUUAUUUAAGUAUAUAACUUUAAAGCAGCUUAUGCCUUAUUUUUGUUUUGCUUAAUAAGUUAUCUCUCGGUUUCAUAAUAAAUGAGUUACUAUAAUCUAUUUUUUAUUUACAAAAAUUCUAAGGAAAUUUGUGGUUUUAAUUAAGUAAACGUUGCUUUUCCAUGACGACUGUUUUAUACAGUGACAUUAUUAAUAUUUUAUUAUACUUAAAAUAUUAACGAAAUCAUAAAAUUUAAUGUGAAAAAUAACUAACACAAUUUUAUCAAUAUGUUGAAAAACAUUUAUAUGACAUCUGUAGACGAUAUUAUCAGUAAACUUUUGUUUAAUUCGCGGUUCGUAUGUACAAGCCGAAAAAUUCGUGCGCUAUGCACUGCUACAAAAUUAACUUUCAUGAAACAACCAAUGUUAUUGAGGUUACAGGCACCUAUCAAUGUGGUCGGUGACAUACAUGGUCAAUUUUCUGAUCUUCUUAGAGUAUUUGAACUAGCAGGAUUCCCUCCGGAUACCAAUUUUCUAUUUUUAGGUGAUUUUGUUGACCGAGGUCCACAAUCGUUACAAGUGAUUACUUUACUGUUUGCACUGAAAACGCGUUACCCAGAAAACGUGUAUUUGUUACGUGGUAACCACGAGAGUCUAUCAGUAAAUCACCGUUACGGUUUUUACGGCGAAUGUAAAUUACGAUAUGGGAAUCACCGUGGUCACCGAAUUUGGAAAGCUUUCAAUAGAGCCUUUGACUGUUUGCCGAUUGCCGCAGUAAUCGAUAACAAUAUAUUUUGCAUUCACGGUGGUCUAAGCCCUCGUCUCAGGCGUAUUGAUCAGAUCGAUAAGAUAAAACGACCAACGCGAGUGCCUAAAUCAGGAAUUAUGUGUGAUUUUUUAUGGGCUGACCCAUGUCCAGAUAUCCAAGGCUGGCGUAAAAAUGAACACAGAAACGUAUCAUAUGAAUUUGGACCUGAUUGUGUCAUAGAUUUUCUAAACAAAUUUGGCUUUCGACUGGUUGUUCGUGCACAUCAGUGCGUAAGUCGUGGUUACCAAUAUUUUGCAGGCCGUCGACUCGUGACCAUUUUUAGCGCACCGAAUUACAAAAAGAGGGGGUACUCCGGAGCUGUGAUGUUCGUUAAUAAAAACAUAAAAUGCACACUACGUAUUUUACCAACAACGGUCCAAUUAUCUCCGACAAUUAGAAUAUUGGGCAAAAGAACCUUUGAUGAACAAGAGAAUAAUAACCGACCGAUAAAAUUGCGGAGGUGCAAUGCAACAGUAACACUGUUAACGAAUCCUCAAUACAUACCGGUAGAUGCCUUAUUGAACACAUAAAAAUAAAUGAUUUUAGGUCUACUUAUUUUGUUAUUUAUAAAAAGUUCUGCGUAAUUAAGUAUACUUUCGAAAGAAAUUUUCAAAAUAAUACUUCUGAAAAUUAUGCAAAAUAAACAUUUCUGUGACUGUAAAAUUGUAUACGUUGGUGUCCGAUACUUAACAAGAUUAAAAUUUCGUACCAGGAAUUCAUGAGGUAACGCGCAACGAGUAUCUAAGACCGGUAUUUUGUUACCAAUACCAAAAUUUCGU